GCCCCUGUAACAAAGCGCAACGGGCGGCCGAUUUAAAAGAGAUUCGACCGUUGGAGGACGCGCCCUCACUUCAACCCCUUCCAAUUUUGAGGCCCCUCCCAGAAACCGUAAUAAUAAAACCUCCCGGAAACGACCCAGAAGGGGUCUCCUUUCUCUUGUGAAUUUUUUGUUUUCCUUCUGGAUAAUUUUGCUGUGCUUAUGAUGAAUUAUCAGAUGUCUCCAAUGGAUCGGAGGCCUCCUCUGGCGGUGUCGCCACGGCGUCUUCGUUCUGGCCGGGCUCUGCACACCACUCCCACUGUCCAAACCCGACCACCCACUUGUAAAAAUUCUGAGUUCUCCAGUCGCCCCUCCUCCUCCAUGAAAUCACUGAUCCGGCCUGUCUAUCAGAUGAUCUCGCCGGAGUUGAUGGCGCUGGCCAAAAGGGCCAAGGAAGAGUUUGGAUCCAACGAUGAUAUGGAUACCACUCUUGCUUCCUCCAGUACUUCUUCCAGCAGUAGUCCUAUGUUUGAAAGAGGGAGGUUCUAUGAAGUUUAUUCGGCUCGAAGGAAUGAGAGGCUUAAGAGAAAGAAGGAGAUUGCGGAUGAGUUGGUUUCUCAAGACCCCGGUAUCGCCAUUGAACUGGCAAAAAGGAGGAACUCGAAGAACGUUAAUAGCGUGCGGAAAUCGGUGCCAGCCGACUUCUCAUCGAGUCGUGUGAAUAGUUUGAGAUCCUCGGUGAGGAGCAGUAAGGAGAUGAAGAAGCCCUCUUCCUUGACAUGUUCUGAAAAGCCUGCUGCUAUCGGGAAGGUGAUCGGAGCUCGGUCGGCCCGAAAAGUGUGAAUUAAAAACAAAUAGGGUCUGUUUCUCCUCCUUGGUCUAUUGGGUUAUGAUCUCUUGUUGUUGGCGAAUUGGCUUUUUGCUCGUAAUUUCUUUGUAUUUCACUCAUAGAUGUUGCUGAAAUUUGAUAAUGAGAUAUGACUUUGUUGAGCUGA